AUGACGCUAAGGCUUAAACAGCUACAAAAUAAAUUUUGGAUCGAAGAUAAUAUAGUAUCUGUAUUUCCAUUUGAUAAUAAUUUUUAUAAAAAAUUAUUUUAUAGUAAAAGAAAUUAUGAUAAUUGGAUCUUAGAAAACAUCAAAAUAUUAAAAAAUAAUAAUAUAGAUAUUUCUAUUAAUAAUAAGUUAAGUAUAGAAAAAUAUAAGAUAACUGGUGGUAAUAAUAUACCACCCAAAAAGUGGUAUAAAGAAUUACAAAAUAUCAUUACAAUCGAUGGAAAAACCCUUAAACCUGAAUAUAAAACAUCAGCUGUUUCUCAUUUUAAAGGGUAUAAUAUGGCUCAAUGUGAAAUAGAUAGAAAUAAUAUUCUCAAACAAUUAACAUUUAUAGGAGUUUGGAAUAAUAGAAGUAAUGAUAUCGAAAUAGGAUGUGAGUUAGACAAUAUAGAACAAUUAAAUCAAAAAACUUUUAAUUGUAACAUUUUGGUUAACACUAAUGAUUGUUUAAUUGUUAGAGUUCAAUCUAAUAAUGCAAUUAAUGAUGUACAUUAUAGGUUAAUACUUAACAAUAAUAAUUUGAAAGCUAUACUACAGACAAACUUGCUAGAUAUCACAGAUUUAAGUUAUAAUAACUUUUUGUUUAAAAAUAAUUGGAAAAGUUAUGAAACAACAAUUAAUCAUUCAGUAUUAUCAAUUGACCGCUUAGUUAAAAUAAAUGAUAAUCUAAUUACAAAACUAUAUCCGGGGUCCUAUCGAAACCAAUUAUUAAUAAUUCAAAAACAAUUGCUUGAAAGUUCAACUAGAAAAUUUGAGAUCUAUACUGAUGGUUCAGUUCGUGACUUUAGAUCUCAACAAUGUACAAUAUCAUUUGGUUUUAUUAUUGUUAGAAAUAAUAUGAUUUUGCAUAGUUUUCGUUCAAAAAUUUCUUAUUUCUCAUCAUCAAAUAAAGCAGAGUUUGAAGUCACUAUUUAUACUGAUUCAAAUAAUGUUAUUACAGGAUAUUAUGAUAUUAUAGACAGAAAUAAUUUUAUUAUUUCACCACGAAAAUUCUUUAAGAUCAGAACAAAUAAUAUUUAUUGGAGUAUUCUUCGAGAAAUUAUUGUUACAAAUAAUCUUACUUUAGAUUUUAUUAAAGUUAAAAGACAUAGUGAUAAUUAUUUUAAUAAUUAUAUCGAUGAGUUUAUUACUCAUACUGAUGAAACAUUAAAUUUAGUUUUUAAAGCAAAUAAUUUGAAUAAUUUAGAUUAUGUUUCACAUUAG